AAUCACUCCCGGUCUGGAACGGAAAGCUCUGCCCAGUCGACUGCCAGAUCCGAAUCGCGCUACAAGUGCCCCGCUCCGCUGGACUGGAGCUGCGAAUUGCAAAUAGCGAAUUGGAAACCCGAGUCUGGGACACAUAUACGUGUCUAGGUGCCAUCCGUCUAGGUGCCUGAUAGACGCGCCACUGAAACCCGAUCUCCUAGAGCGAAUUCCCCGAAUCGAUUCCCGGAGAUCCAAGUGUUCGAUCGCUCGGAUGGGUGGCCAUUGAGGAAUCUUAGAGAAAAGGACAUGGUGGACCUAUAAGUCGACGUGCCAACGAAGCCAGCGAAGGCGGAGCCCCGGAACCGGAGCCGGAGCCAGAGCCGGAGGGAUGCCGAACGCCGACAGGACCCGAGCCCCUCGUCCGGGUCAGAGGCAGCGCGGCCGGGACAAGGUCCGGACCCGGGCCUCCACGCCGGAGGGCCUGCUCGAGAGCCACCUGCACCAGCUCUUCGACGAGCAGCAGCUGCUCCACAACCUGCUCAUCACCCACUGCCCGAGCAUCGGCCUGGGGAGGGCGGAUCUCAUUCCCGAGGACUUCGAGGGCGAAAGUCUUUACGGGGAGGAGGUGACCGCCGAGGAGAAGCCGAGGCCGCAGCAGAAGAGUAAGCAAGACCCGCCCAAGUGCGAGGCGGAGCCGGAGACGGACAUCGAGCAGGACCCAGACAAGGACAUAGACGGCUUCAAGGCGGGGGCCUCCAAGCUAUCGGGUCCGGAGCAGGAGGUGGACGAGCAGGACUUGGUGAUCCUGGCAGAGGCCGUGGCAGCCAGCCCCUCCCGCCUGGAAGAGCUGCCCCUCAUGCCCCCGCGCAUGUACUCCUACAACAUUCCGGUCGCGGUGGGCCACUGCACGCCCCCCAAGCUGGCGGGACAGGGCUUCGACUCGCCCUUCCUCUACCCGGAGUUCAUCGGCAAGACGCCCGCGAGCCGCGUGAAGUACAUCUUCACCUUGGUGGACAGCCUGGUGCUGCAGAUGGAGCGCUACUUGAGCCUGGCCCAGGGCCCCAACGCGGAGCCAGAGCCCGCCGGGAAGUCUACGGGAACUGUACCCAAAGCUAGAAGCUUGAGCCAGAGCCAGCAGGCCAAGCCCCAGACCUGGCAUCAAGCAGGCCGUGCCAAGUGGGCUGUCAGUGGGAACAUUCCGGCCGAGAGGGAUUCGAAGCUGUUGAGUCAGUCGAAGCCCCAACAGAUAACUAAACGCAGGAAUACACCCCUGACCUUGCGAGAAAUAAACUCUCAGGAACCUUUCUUGGAGAUCGACUUGGAUUGCGAGUUCGGGAUGGAACACAUCGAGAAGUACCGGGCCAACAAGGUGCGCGGAGAAACACGUCCGGAACCGGAACCGGAUCGUGCUGGGAGACGCGGGGAUCUCCCCGCUGAGAAGUCUGAGGGAAAGGGAUACGGGGUGAGUGACAUUAUGGAGGGAUUCGGAGAGGGUGACCGACGACAAUACGGAGAGGGCGGGGACAGAGGACACGGAGACAAACGCGAGUGUGGGGAGGAGGGCCAGUCCCAGGGAGACGGACGAGGACGCGGACAAGGACAGGGAGAUGGACUCGGGCUUGAUCACGGAUACGGAUAUAAACAGGUAGAGGAAGCUGGCCAUGGACACGGGUCAGGAGCUGUGGAUGGACCAGGACAGGGCUCCUGCUCUGGAAGCGUAAGUGGAAGUGGCAGCCAGCGGGGCAGCUCCAGGGGAAGGACACCCAGCAGGGAGGACAGCGGCAACAGCGGCCGGAAUGGGAGUUGCCAGGUGUCUCCUUGCUCGCCGAGGAGCAUCAUCCGCCACUCCUCCACAGCCGCACUCACUCCCAGCUGCAGCAGCGGGAGUGGCAAUGGGAAUGGGAAUGGACCCACACGCCCUUGCAGUCCGGUCGCGGACGACCCGACCACGGACCUCAUCCCAUUCGACCAAGGCCGCGCCAUCUUCAGACAGAUGCAGGACGAAACGAAGAAGCAGGAUGCUGACGCCGGAGCCGACGCGGAUGCCGAAGCCGACGACGAGGAGAGCCGCGACGUCUUCAGGAGCCUGGCCAGGGAGCCGUUGAAGCUGGAGGAGCCCCUCAACUUAGAACCGUCGACCUCUGCCCAUUCCGCAGCCCAAGCCCGCAUCAUAGCCGCUCGGGCCAUGCGGGAGCAGCAGAAGACGGCGAAGAACGCAAAGAAGUGGCCGAAGACUGCGGCGGGAGCUUUACGCGGGCGGAAGACGGAUGGUACGGUAAAGACCGUCAAACAGGUCCCAGUACACCCCUUUGUGAAUGUCAAGCGCUGCGCCACCUGGGGGAGGCUCCCGAUUCCCAAGAACAGGAGAUUCGUCGGCAAGCGGAACAGGUUCGCGGCUUUCUUAAGAAGAUUUUCGGGAUGCGAGGAUGAGUCAAAGGCCCCCAAGUCGGAGGAGGAGGUGGAAAAGGAGCCAGAGAAGGACUCCGAAGAAAAGGACAAGGACACACUGCCGAAAAAGAAGAAGUGCAUCCUCUUCAAUGAGAUGUAUGAAGACAACCAGAAGAACACGGUCAAUUCGGGUGAAAAGAAGGCGGCCAUGAAGGCCAUUGAUGAGCAGUGUGCGGCCUUGAACGAGGCACUGGCUCCAGACCUGGAUCGCUUCAUGGAAGCCAGGACAAGCUGCGUCGAGCUCUCGCAGGACUUCUGGAAAAAGGACAAUCUCUUUGUGGUGGAGGAGAAGAAAGCCAAGCCCAACGAUCUCGAAUCAGAGUGCAUCCUGCAAGCUCUCAUGCACGCCGCCCCGAUUCCAACACCAAGUGCGGUGAUUCCAGAGGUGCCACAUGUCGAGCCCUACGACCCGCUGUUGAGGGAUAUGCCCCAGCUCCCGCCGGAGCUACUCGAUCGCGCCCAGAGGCUGAAGAAUCUUCUGAUGGACAAAGAUCGCCUCAAGCAGCAGCAGAGGCUGAUCCACCUGGUACCACCCGAGGAUCCUUUGGAGGCCAUCUUUCUUCCCAAACUGGAACAUCGCUCCGGCGGAAAAGACAUAGAGACACUCGAGAUGGAGAAAGAGCUGCUCCUCCAGAAUCACAACUGCGACACUGGCAGCGGAAUAAAAAUAAGCCCGGAUUCCUGUGCGGGAAAGGGCAUAAGCCAUGGGUGGGACUCGAUCAACUCGCUCCAAUCGGGGAUUUCCGCCGCCAGCAGUUCUGCCGAUACUGUGUAUGCUGAUUCUAGCCACGCCUACUCGGUGGUCGUCUUCGAGGAGGAUACCCUCCCUAUGGACGUCUACCCUGCCGAUGACUCCCCCGAGGAUGAGAAACCUCUGCGUUUCCCCACUUUUGAAAAACAAAAGUCCAAACCUGGAAAGGCCCCCCACAAAGCCCCUUACGAAGGCGACGAAGAUUCCAGUUUCCUCAACAGAACCAACACCAACAACCAGUUUGGGGUGUGUAAUAGAUCCAGCAGUCCCAGUAGCUCUCCAAAAGCUUCCGCAGGAUCGAUGCUUUCUGGAGACGUUUUUAUCUCCUGUUGCGAGGUGGACGACCAGCUCAGAGUGGCAGGAAGAGUGAAGAAGGUGACGGUGGCUAUGGGUCAAGUGGAGAACAUGAAGCCAGAGGAGAAUCAGAAGACGGAGGAUCUCUCGGACUAUCAGAGUCUUAACGAGUAUCACUCGGAGAAUCAGAUCGAGAUAACGGAGUACAGCUCGGAGAAGGACGACAGGCAGUCGGAGAAUGCUGAAAAUCAGUCGGAGAAAGUCAGGAUGCUCCUCGCGAAUCCGGAGGACCAGUGCGUGAAACAGAAGGCCCUGUUUCCCCCGAAGAAUUGGGAAGACUCUGAUGGGAAUUCUGAGGGGGUGAGAGCAGCGGACUUUGGAAUGACAGCCAAAGUUGUCGAUUGUGUAGAGGUCACAUAUUCAGACGAAGGUGAGAAAAAGAAGCCCUAUACCGUAAAAAAGGAAAGAAUUCCCGAUCUAGGGAAAGGUAGAUUUGUGCCGGAUGAGUUCGCGGCGAUGGGCGUGAGAUGGUGUCGCGAGAAGCCACUACAGAUCGAGGGUGAGCCCACUGAUGGUGAUAAGGUCGCGAAAAAGCCCAAAAAAGUGAUAGACAAGGAUGGAGACUUCAGGGCCUCCUUCAAAGUAGACGAAUUCACGCUGAGGGCGCUCCUGUGGGUUGGAAGGAUCCCUCAGCCCGGCUCAAGGCUGGAGUCUACCGAUCGGCUGUUCCACUACAUGGAGCACUUCUACUGGUCGCGGCUCACGAAGGAUUCCCCUCACUUCCACUGGUUUGUGAACGAGGGCUUAUUCGCUAUUCACUAUCUGUUGAUCGAAAAGCAAUUCAAGGAAAUCGAUGUGAUGGCGAAUAAGGACCUGGAUAAGGAGUUGCUGGAGUACAUUAAGAUGGUGAAUAAGCCGGGCGGACCGAGAGUAGAACUGACGGACAAGAUGGCCUACUUCAUGGUGACUUCAUACUUCAAAGUUCUUCACGCCAGAGCCACCCAGAGGGCGCGGCCCGUGGAGGACAGGUUUCUGAUGCGUUCCCGGUUCGCUGUCACCGUGUUGGAGACGUUCUUCCAGGAGCAGGGUCUGCGGGCCUACCAAAGCAACCUCAACUGCGCCGAGUUGCUAACGUGGAGCCUGAAGCACGAGGGUCGGCUGUUCGCGAUCAAUGAGGAGGCCCUGGAGUACGCUGCAGAUCGAAGAACCGUCAAACCGGACAGUAUGAUAAUGCGGACUCCGAACCAGGAGGCGUUCAAGGACUUCUACGAGCGCCAAGUUCUGCCGCGGCCGGACGCCCUGGCCAUCAAUCCUUGUCUGAGGAGCAUCAGGCGCUACCCCUCGGAGAACCUGGACGACCGGGACGGCUUCCGCUGCCCGAUCAAGGGCUGCGGCAUGGAGCUGGUCUCGUCCCAGCUGAUGACGCACUUCCUCACCGACCACUGCCGCCGCAUUGAGGAGCUCUGGGUGAAGGACCGCAUGGUCCUGCUCUUUUACCCCCGCUCGUACCCCGCCGAGCAGCUGUACUGCAUCUGCGUCGUGGCCCUGCGCCCGGAUACUCCGACGAGCCGUGGGGUGGCGGAGCUCCCGGAGAUAAUCAACAACGAGGAGCUGCCCCCGCGCCUCUACUACUUCUCGGUGCACGUGCCCUGCUUGCUGAUGUACUGCCAGGUGUCGCAGUCGAUAAUCAAGAAAAAGCGGAAGAAAAACCACGACGAGGACUCGGAGGAGAAGAGAGUCAGGAAGUCGGAGCCCAGCGCCAACGAUCCGGAGGCGCAGCUCUACAUCUUCUGGCUGGCCUCCAACGAGAACGAGGACUUCUCGGACAUUGCCUGUCGGCUGUACGUCUACUGCCAGGAUCGGAGUGUCAAGAGCAACGCCUUGCUCAACUUUGUGGUCAUGUCGCAGUUCCGAGGCAUCGAGGACCUCGUCAACAACCACCCGGAGUGCUACUUGGCCCUCGACCACCCCACCAUGGUCACGCUCACGAAGGACUUCAAGGAGCUGUUGUUCCUUGACUUGCGCUACGUUAGCAAGUCGCAGUUUCAUCACGACAUGUCCGGGGACGAGUCGUGGAACCUGUGAGGAGCACAGGCUGGAGCCGGCACUAGUUUUACGCCGCAUACCCCGCCUUCAAAAUCUAAUGUCUACCGUUUUCGUCUCUCUCGUUGCAGCUCCCUAUUGAGGCUCGUUGAUGGGCUUGCCACACAUGCAUAUUUAUAUAUUUCUACAUUUGUACACUGCACGCUGUACUUGCACUGCAUCUGUAUCUGGUGGCAGGGUUAUCGAUUAAAUUCCCCGUAUUGAGUGAAUAAAACUAUGUUCGGAGCACCCA